GCUCUGAAAAACCAAGAUUUUAGAAAACCCAAAAAAGAAAAAGGAAAGUGGUACCUUUUCUGUUCCAAAAGAAAGAAAAGCGAUAUCUUUUCUUUUUUCAAGAAAAAGACUUUUUUUUUGCACCUUUUAAGAAAGUCUUUUUCUUGCAUAAUUUUUCAUUUUUUGAAGGGAUCUUUCGUAAAAUUGAGUUCAGUUCAAUGAAAAACUGUUGUGGAGAGUCCGGAGACGUCUAGUUUUGUUUAGAAAUGUUAUCUUUACACGAUUGGGCUAUUUACAAAGAGUUUUCGUUGGAAUCGCGAGACUUGAGUUUUUUCGGUUUUCUAAAAUCUUGAUUUUUCAGAGACCCGACUUGGAGGAAUUUUAAUGGAAUUUUUAUAUACACUUUAUCUGAUUAGAAAUUCUUUCAGUUGUUCAAAUCUUUUUCACAUUUGUUCUAACUAUUAUGACGACGGAGAAAAAUUAAAAAUAAAGGGACACGCUCAAUUUUGGCGGUCACUGUACGAUAGUGUAAUGGAUCCGCCGGCAAAAAAGGUUCGAUACUCCGUUGAUAUUGGGACUAGACCUUUGGAACUUUUGACACUAUUGCAGAAUAUGUUCAUCUAUUCCGCAAAAAACGGCUACUCCUAAAUGUCAUUUCGUUGUCGAGAAAUGAAUUUUUUCUCGUUUUUGUGAAAAACCAUAAAAUGAACAUAACUCGGUCAAAAACACCUGAUGACCCAAAUUCAAUUAGGCUUUUUUUGAUACUCUAUCUACGACCAAAGGACGAACAAAAUCGAGAUUGGAUAGUUGAAAGUAUUGUCUCGUUAGUACUUUUAAAUAUUUGUAUGCCUUAUUUCAUAGAUUUAUCGAAAUUAACAUUGACAAACGAAAUUCCGUCGUUACAACGACUGACUAAAAUUAUAAGAAAUGGAGUUGCUGAUGAAGCUGGCAUCAAAGAUAAUGAUUAUUUAUUAGAGGUUUGUAUAACUAUACUUCGACAACCUGAAACUCACACAUGCACACCUGUUUCUGAUACAACAACUAUCGUGGAAGAAGCUGUCCGUCGCAUGAAAACAUGUGCACGGGAAGAAAUCACAUCGGUUACCAAGAUUUAUUCUCAAGAAGUGGUGAAAACAAGACUGGAAAAUCCAGGAAUUUCAACUGGUCUUUUUUUUCCAUCAUUGUCCAGUUUGGAUUUAAGUCUAUACCAUCAACGGAUAAAAAAUUUUCCAACACUUCCGAAGUCAUUAGCUGAUUUAUCUCUUCCAUAUGAAUGGACGUUAACUAAACAGGGGCAACGUUUUCUUUUCGUUGACGAAGUUGUUAAUGGCAUAAAUGUGUCAUUGAUGCCACAUGAAGACUGUAUCAAUUUAAUUAGAAAUGCUAAUGAUACAUUACGUCUGACAAUUAUUACGCCAACAACGCACGUCAACUCUUUUAUCAAUAUUGAACACUUUUUACGUCCAGAACAAUGUGUUUAUCUUCAACCAGUCGAUAAUAGAGAUAUAGAAUUAAUUUCUAAUUGGUUUAAUUUAUUACACGGAUAUUGUGAUAAACCGGAAGGAAAACUUGAUAAAAUAUUUAAUACAAUAAUUGAUGAACCUAUUAAUGCUAAUAUACUUUUUAAUAUUAUUAGCAAUGAUGAACUCACAUUGACACCCUAUAUUGUCGAUAGUCUCAAACGUAAUUCAUUCUCUGAUAUACAUAGUGUAUUUUCUACCUAUGUUGAUUUUAUUCAUAAAACAAAAACUAUUGUAAAUAAUAACAAAUCAAAUAAAUUUGCCUCUAUAAUUGAUAGUAUAACAACACGAUUAUUAAUUAUAAUGGCGAUUGAAAGUAUGUCAAAUGAAAGUCAACGAUUUUUAGGUACAUAUAUUCGAAAAACUGAUUUACCCAUUCCAUUCUCCUAUUAUAUAUGGAAUAAUAAUGAACAAAAAUUAUAUUAUAAAAUAAAUUUUAAUUGUUUAAUGGAAACAUUAUGUUUGACAAAUGAUCGUCUAUAUCUUCAAUUUGGUAGUCCAUCCUGUAUAGAAUUUGGUAAAACAAAUUUAUUACCUUACAUAUUCAAAGAUAAAAGAAAAGAAUCAAUUUAUUUUGAUCAGACUGAUCAAUUUUAUCGUUUAUCGUGUAUUGAUGUAUUAUUCGGUACAACACAAUCAUUCAAUAAAUCUUAUGUUAUCUAUGAUCUACAUGGUACAAUUGAUGAACAAUUGAAUUUACAUUUAAUACAAACAAUUCAAUUGUAUGCCACAAUACAAAUUAUUUAUCUAAGUGAACAAGAUUUAUCUACUGAUUUUUUAGAUAAAAUAUUGAAAAUUUCGUCAGAAAAACCGACAAUUAUUGUUCUAUUUGAUAUAAAUUACGAUGAUGAAUUAGCAACAACAAAAUUAAUUCAACGUUUUCAACAUCACUAUGUACAAUAUCAACAAUGGACAAAUGUAAAAUGGACAUCAGUACCAAUAUUAAAUUCACCAAAAUCAAUUAAUAAAUUUAAUGCUGAACGUCGAAAUAAACGUUUGAGAAGUACAUUUGAGAAUCUAUUUAGAGGCUGA